AUGAAAAGAGGAGCUUUUUACCCCAAAGACCUCGGCAAACUAGCAGAAAACACUGCGCCACGAGACAAUGAAAGUACAAUUGCACAUUCUUCUGAUCCUGGUGUCGACGAAACGGAGGAGAAAGGGAUGCUUACCCCACGAAGCCGCAAUCACCUUCGAACUGAGCGACAAAAAAGGCAAGAGGAAAUCGGAAGUAGACAGCAAGAUUCGCCCGAAAAUAUAAUUGUUAACUCUGGAUGGCAAAAAUCGACCAAUCAACCUGACGACUUGAAAGAUACCUCACUGCAGUAUCAUCUCCAUGAAGAAUGGACAAAGCGGGAGCAGAAGAGCAUGCAAAAACUACACGAGCAGCACUCCCUGUCCAAUGAUAUAACACCCGCUUUCAUUGACGACUUGCAGGCGCUUUCCUUCACAGAAAACAACAAUAACAAGCUGCCCUGUUUCCAGCGUGACCAAGAAAAUAUACCUGAAGGAAUGAGUUGCAAAUCUUCGGGACGCGAGUCGUUUGACCCGUUUGAAUUAACGGAGAACGAUCAGCUCAAUCGCCCGCUUGGAAAAUGGAUCCAACAUCUAUCCGAAGCAGAGCUGGAAGCUCCUGAUAGAUUUUCAAUUUCCGACAAUAAUAAUACAGUCAUCAUUGAGAGCUUGCAGAACACUUCACCAGACGGCGAGAUUGUCCGUGAACAAAUCGGAGGAUGGGUGCAGCAUCUGGAGGAACCAAAGCUAGGAGCUCGUGAGAGAUUGCAAUCGUCCGGCAAUAACAAUCCAGCCCUUAUUGAGGGCUUGCAGGACAAGAAGGUUUCCCUCAUCGGAUUUGACAACAAAAUACCGUCAAGAAGCGACAGGGAAAACGACAUUAUAUCGCACUGGUUUUUCAAACUAGGAAUGUGCAGAAAACGCCAUUUGAUCGAAUGGACGAUCACAAAUGAAACAAGAUUGUUCCUAUACAGAUAUGACUUACUAACGCAGGAAGGAAAGAAGAAAUUUCUCGAGAGAGAAACGCUGGACAUGGGAGAGUUUAUCGAAGGAACGAUACCCGAGGAAAAACAGGAAGCCUUGUGCAGAUGCUGUAACAAAACAAGAAGAAAAGACAGGCGCUGGUACACAAUGGACUGGGACAGCGCGAAUUUUUGGUCGAAGAAAGAUGCACGCAUAUCGAAAAUGGAAAAGGAAGAAAAAGAAUGA